AUGGCCUCGACGAAGCCUGACCCGGCUCCGCUUUUUGCUUUCAAGGCAUCGCUGCGGCGUUCGAUUUGGGAGGAGUCGUUGAAGUGCGAGCUCAGCCAGCUGGAAAUCAAUGUUGUUGCCGACAUUGCCUCGCGCGACGCAACUGAGAAGGCCAACAAGCCUGUUGAGGCGAGCAAAUCGACACCGGAUCUGGUCGAGGACAUUCUGAAAUCAGUGACUACUUGCUCGAGCGCCGCAGCACGUUCCGAAAAGAAGCUUGAUACGAUGGUCGCAAAAGAAGGCGACGCGGACAAAAAAUUGAGCUGCACUGAUGCAAAGGUCGAGACGCUGAGUCGCAAAGUGCAAGAACUCUACCAGGUUUCAAAACAACUCGAGCAACCAAUCACUUUCCGCAUGCCUGCAGGCGUCUCUGGUCUAUACAACUGUGCCCUCGCAAUGAAAGAAGGACGUCAACGGCUUUUCGAAUCCGAUGUGUCGGCUUGCCGCGAGCGUGUACUUGUUCACAAAAGCCGCAUGGAAGAACUCGACAUGCUCUUAUAUCACAAGCAGGAGGAGAUCAAUUUGCUGGACGAACAGAAAACCUUGCUGAUUCAUGACAGAGAGGAAAAGCAAUCCAUCUGCGAACAACUUGAGAACCAGCACAAUACACUAGCAGCUCGCCAGGCUUUGCUGAAGGGAGAAAACGUCGAGAAAUCUGUAAAGACGGUUUCUCUACAAGAACAACUGGAAGCUAUCGAUGCCGAUGUCGAAGAAUUCGGGGCGGAGAUGCAAGAAUUCCACGUACAGCUCAACGCUGUUGAUGAGCAGAAGCUUGAGAAGGCGGACCAAUUUGAAGCUCUCGAUUCGCAGUUCCAUGAUGCCUCCGAAUCUGUCGUUGAAAAGAAUCAACACCUUCUGAAGAUCUCCAGCGACUUGGCCGAUUGCCUUGAAAAGAUCCGGGCCGAAUCCAUGCUGCUAAACGAGAAACUAUCGCAACAAAUCGCGCGUCAUUCGGCUGAAAUGCUGAUGGUCAAGGAGAAGGGACGGCGCUCAUUGGCCGAGCAACAGGCUGCUUCAGCCGAACUCGAUGAAAGAAGCCGCCAGGACUCCGCGAUCGUCAGUGCCGUCAAGGCGUCGCUGGGUGCUGUGGAAGAAGCUGACCCACAAUCCACUUACGAACUUGAGACAAUGCGUGGGGAAUUGCGCAAGCUGAAGAAAGAGGUCGAUUACGCCCAGGCUGAACUAAGAUCAACCAGCGAACGUUUCAAGGGCCUCGAGGUUCAGCUAAGCGAAAUCGAGGGUGAACUCAAGGCGGAAGAGCCGCGAGUCCUCGUUGAGAAGCGGAAACAGCUGGCCGCCAUGGUGACCGCAAACGAACAAAGGAAGUUUCGGGCUGCUAAACUGGCGCACGAAUUGGAAGAAGAGAUGAUGGCGAUGAGAAAUCAAGAAAAUAGCCGCGAUAAGAGUAGCAUGAGACGUGACAAGCAGCCAGCUCAACUGCCGAAAUCCGCCACAAAGCGCCAAGCAGAGAAAUACGAGAGCCCGUUGAAAAAGAGAGCGGUUGUGCCUCAAAAAUACACACCGGUCAAAUUCUCUCAGUUCUUGGAUGAAACGUUGACCACUAUGGAUCCGGACACUGAUCCCGAGGACAUCUUCGAGCCGGCUCCCAGCAAGAAGUCAAAGCCACAUAUCCAACCGAAGGCUACUAAUGUGGUGGUGCCAAAGAAGCUCGAACGCAACCGCAGCAUCAACUGCCGACCUACCGCGCAGACCAUCGUUCCACCGAAGCCCCGUCGAUUCAAUUCGGAAUCUACCGUCGCGGGACACGACGCCGAAGAUUUGGGCGCCGAUUCCGAGGCGGGCAUGAUUCUGAACCAGCGCUUCAUGGAAUCGAUGCGCCACCGACGUGACCUGGCUGAUAUCUCUUUCGACAUCGCUGACGCCAUCACCAGCACGCCAAUUGCGACUAGGAAGACCGUCGCCAAGGAGCCGCCGAAAGCCUCGAAGGGCCAAAAGCCGAAGACGACUCGGGCUACCCCAUCGCGCAGGGCCUGCUGCGUGAUGUCGCUGUCUCGGCUGAGCUCUGUGCGGACCGGCGGUCGCCUGGUCGCCAUCCAGUCACAUGCCCGCGGAGCCGCUCAUGCUGCUGCGACGACGGCGGUGUCCGAUUCUGAUGAGCCGGGCUUUCUGCAGAAGGUGAUGCUGCGCUGGAAAGGGAUUCCGUUGAAGGGUGAGGCCCAGCCGCCGAAGACGAUGUUUGAUGAUAUUGGGCGUGAAUGGUCUGCGCCGGAGCCAUUGCCCGCCAUGCCGAAGGAUUUCAAGGAACACCCCGAGCGAGACCUGGUGAACUUUCCCUAUCCGGAGCGCGCUAUGUACCCUCCCAAGACGCGAAUGCUGAUGAUCCCCGAUUCGUGGUGCACUCCUUUCCACAAGCUGACUGGAACCUCGGGCCCAUAUCUAUUCUUCGGCGGUGCGUUCGCCUUCCUGGUCAACAAGGAGCUGUGGGUGUAUGAGGAGCAGGGCCACAUGACGGCCGGCUGGAUCCUUUUCUACCUGCUCAUCUCGCGCUCCGUCGGCUUCCGCCUGGACCAGUACUUGUACGGAGAAUUCCAAAACAGGAUGAAUUACUUCAAGGGGCUUAUCCAAGAAGACCUCAAGGAUGCCACCGAGUUCCGAAAGACUUCUGCCGCUGAGACCACUUCGCUACAGGCCGUCAAGGAAUCCUUCCCCACGAUCCUCAAAGAGAACAUGGAGCUGCAACUCGAGGCCACGUACAGGAAAAAUGUUUCGACGGUCUCCACCGAGCUACAGCGCCGUAUCAACUAUCUCAAGGAUACGGAGGACGCGAAGGCCCGUUUUGAGAAGAAUCUCAUGCUGAAGUGGAUUGUGGAGGGGGUGGAACAGCAAGCGACGGAUGCCAAGUUCAAGGAGCAGUUCCUCUCCAACUCGAUCCAGCAGCUGAAGGGCUUGAAAGUCAACGUC